CACAGGGCAUGACAAGUAACCCUGGCUGCGCACCAGAGCUGGAUGAUGAGACCCUGUUGCUGACGACAGCACGCUCUGAGUCUCAGAGAGAUCACACUGGAGCUAAGCUGCAGGCUUUACUCCUGCUGGCUAGCUUCCAUAGCACUGCAGCGUGCUGUGCAGGCUGUUAAAGGAGAAUCGUCACUGAGAUUUUACCCUGCGGCCUGGCCUGCUUCGCACCUAACCAGCCAGACAAGACGUACCCACUGCAGUAAUAGCGGAUGACUCUAUGGAGACCAGCCUUGGCUGGAGUGGAACCAUGUCACAAGACCACCACCGUGAAAACCUUCGCACGGGGCCUGGGUGUAGCGCUCACGUAUGCAAUUCCAGUACUUGGGAGGCUGAAACAGGAGGCUUGCUGUGAGCCGGAGGUCAGCCCGGACUACAUAGCAAGGCAUCGCUUCAGAUGAAAGAUCAAAAUAAAGAACACACUGGUUGAUUGAGAUUCUCUGCUUGAUUCAGAACAAGGGAGAUCCUACAUGGAACCAUACUGUGCCCUUCGACGAGCGAUCACCCUGGGUUGAAACCUGCCCAGGGUACUCAUUAGUAAACACCAUGAAGGACCCACGGCUCUUCACCUCUCACCUCCCCAUCCAGCUCUUCCCCAAGUCCUUCUCCAGUACCAAGGCCAAGGUGAUUUAUGCCAUCAGAAACCCUAGAGAUGCUCUUGUAUCUGGUUAUUAUUUCUUUUCUAACUCAAAUUUCAUUAAGAAACCAAAGUCGCUAGAAGAAUAUUUUGAAUGGUUCAUCCAAGGAAAGGUGCCAUAUGGAUCAUGGUUUGAGCACAUCCGUGGGUGGAUGUCCAUGAGAGACAAGGACAACUUCCUGAUGCUGAGUUAUGAAGAGCUGAAGAAGGACUUAAGAGGCACUGUGGAGAAGAUCUGUCAGUUCCUGGGGAAGCAAUUAGAACCGAAAGAAGUGGAUUUAGUCCUCCAUUACAGCUCCUUCCAUGUUAUGAAAGAAAACAAGAUGACCAAGAUUAUUGAAAAACCUGAUGGCAAUAUAAAUUUUCCACUAAUGAGGAAAGGCAUCUGUGGGGAGUGGAAGGAUCACUUCACAUCAGCCCAAGCUGAAACCUUUGAUAAAGUGUUCCAGGAGAAGAUGGCAGGCUUUCCUCGAGAGCUGCUCCCAUGGGAGUAACAUCCACAGACCUUUGGGUCUUAUAUGGUAGUGACAUGUCACCCUGUCUUUAUGCUUGUGUGUGACAUUACGUUCAUGGAAUAAAAGCUAAACGUUCAUUAUUAUCUAGUUGCUUGUUAAAAACUGCUCAAGUACCUCUGUUCAGUUCAUAUUAUCCCAGCUCUUGAAAAUCUUUAUUAUAUUUCAAAUGAUACAGCAAGUAUAUGAACAUUGUGCCUAUAGUGUCAAAAAAUUUUAGACAAGAAAUAAAAUUUAGGGCUGGGGCGAUGGCUCAGCGGUUAAAGGUACUUUCUUAUAAAGCCCGACAGCUCUAGUUCAAUUACACUGUACCCACAGAAAUCCAG